AUGGAGCCGGACAACAGCCCGCGGAAGAUCCAGUUCACCGUCCCGCUGCUGGAGCCGCACCUUGACCCGGAGGCGGCCGAGCAGAUUCGGAGGCGUCGGCCCACCCCUGCCACCCUUGUGCUGACCAGUGACCAGUCAUCCCCAGAGAUAGAUGAAGACCGGAUCCCUAACCCCCUUCUCAAGUCCACUUUGUCCAUGUCUCCACGGCAACGGAAGAAGGUGACGAGGACCACACCUACAAUGAAAGAGCUCCAGAUGAUGGUUGAACAUCACCUGGGGCAACAGCAGCAGGGAGAGGAGCCUGAGGGAGCCGCUGAGAGCACAGGGACCCAGGAGACCUGCCCACGUGGGGCUACAGACACAGAAGCGGAGUCAAGGCUGAGCACCUCUGGGAAAGCACAAAAGCCUUCAGAAUCCACCCCAAAAACUCAGGAGAGGAGCAGUGAGAAACCUAGCACAGAGGAACCCUCAGCCCGUAUACCGCCACUGGAUUCCCAGGGAGCCAACUCGCAGGUCUGAGUGAAGGAGAUAUCCUGGAUACAAGACUGCAGUUGGGAGUGUGUGGACACUGGAUUUGUUUCUUAUUUCUUCACUUUUGGGGAAAAUCUCUUGUUUUUAAAAAGUGAUAAAUUUGGUGUUAGGUCCUUGGCAUUUUCCUUCUUUCCUGACUUGGAGAAUCUUUUCUCUCUCCCCUCUUGUCUUGCCCUUUCUACAGCCCCUGACCUUGUGCUCAGCUCCCUCUGGGCAAGAGAAUUGAGAAGGGGGUUCUUCUCCAACCCUGUCCUUACUUGCUGUGGGAAGAGAAAUGGGAGUCAGAUAGAUGGGAGGACUAACUUCCAGGGUACCAAGAAGAAAGAAUGGCCCAGGCUGUCUUUUCCUAUUAAGAAGAGAUAUCACCACCUGGCAGGGCUGCCCUGCAGCUGCAUAACUUGGAGCUCUGAGGCUGGUCCCACUGUGACUUUGCUGUGAGCACCAUCUACUGGACACAAGGGAGAACUGCAGCCUGGCAGGGCCCAUGGGAAAGACUGGGUGUGGUGUUGUGUGAAUGCCUCCUUGCCUCCCAAACUUCAGGAUGUGUUUCCUCCUCCAUCUGUGAAGAGAACACGACCCCUGUUCCAACCCAUUAGCAAAGAUGUACUGAAAAAACAAUAAGAGACCCUUGCUGGGAACUGGGAAGGUUACCUCUCCUUGUCCUAGACACCAAGGGGCCAGGAAAAAGACAAAAGCUAAGCAUAGGUGAAGAAACUUCCUCAGACCCCAUAGCCAGGCCUCUUCUGCUCCCUACUUUCAGUUUUUCCAGGUAGUGGGGGGGAGAGGGAAGAAAGGAAGGCAAAAUUUGCCCCUCCUACUUAAGCAGUUUGAUGGAGAGAAAAGAACCUCAGAAGUAUAAGGUCCCCCUUACACUUCUGCCCUCCCUACUGGUGUCCUCAGGCAAGACCUCAGCUCUCUGGGCCUCAGCUUGCCCCCUAUAUCUAUAACAGGGAGAGCACCGACCACACUGGGGCUUUAUCAAGCUUAAAAGAGAGUGUAUGUG